UUCAAAUCCUCUUCCUGCAUUUUUCGCUCAGUGUUUUUGUUCAUCAUGGAGGGGAGAGGCAGUGCCGUAAAUACUCCCGCGAGCAGACCUGUUACUCGAAGAAGCAAAAGUUAUGGUCGGAGUUGUGUGGAAGCACCCUCAUAUUUCUGGCAAACACCUGGACAUUUAACAGUCUUGAAGAUCCCAACCAGUAGAGGGGCUGCCAAAUCCCAAAUCAUCACUAAUAAGGUUGACCCUGAGCACAUAGCUCUUUUGGUGAAAAAUGAGUGGAAGCUGUCCUACGUCACCCCUUUGCAUCAUUUCAGACAUACACAGCUGAAAUCAUAUUCCAAACAUCUCUCAGCCUUCAUCGUAGCAGAGAAACAGCAAGGAGUUGCAGUUGAAGUCGGGUUAGAAGCAGGAUUUAAGGUCACGUUUACUGCGGUUCUUGGACUGGCUGAAACCGAUGAGGAUGCUGAGACUGUUUUCAUUCAGAUCCAGUCCAAACCUGUAUUUGCUGCAGCGGCAGAUGCACCGAAAGUUGUCUGGCGUGGUUGGCUAACGUGCGUCAAUGGUGACCCUGAGUACCUUAGGUCGCUGCCUCCUGAUUUUGUCAGCUUACCUCUGUUUUGCACAAGCGGACCGGAGUCUCUUACAAACCUGGUUAAAUCCUGGUUCGAGAGGGCUUUUGAUUGCAACUUUGGAUCUUUGGCUUUAAACUCCACCACUCUCAAAUGGCUGGCGGCUCUAUGGACUGGUUGCCAUCCCACCUGCAAUAUCAGACAUCUAAAACUGGCCUGGAGCCUUCCGACACAGCCACCCCUGGAUGUCUCAUAUACAGUUAACCCACAGGAUGCAUGGGAGCUCUGGAACAGCAUUCACUCAGAAGAGAGUACAGAUGACCGGAUUGAUAUUAAAGAAGUCCAGUCUUUCAUCAACGGACUGGAGACUCAUUUUUUCAGACACUUUAAGAUCUACCUGUCUGCCGGCACACUCGUAAAAGUAUCAACCGCUCUGGGAUCAGCACAUCUUGAUGGGAAAAUCAAGAUAGGAAACAGUGACUACAUCACCACGUUACUUACCCUGCUGACAGAAUGUGCUCUUUUGAGAAUGCCAACCUAAAAUCUGCUUUCUACUUUAGAUUUGUAAAUACAUUUUUUUUUUCUAUGCCAUCAAAACUUUUAUAUCUUUUAAAGCUUAUUGUCUCGUAUUUAUUUUUUGUGCUGUAAAAUAUGUCUAUGUUUGUUUUCCAGCUUUUAAAAUUGAACUUUUUAUUCUGUUUUCAAAUGCCGGUUUUCUUUUCUUUAACUUACUAGAGUUUUAUCAAGACAAAUAACAUUGUGUCAGUCCAUAAGGCUUCUGUUAAUGUGAUACAACUCAUUUAUUGCAAAUAAAUCUAAUGUGUAAAUCACUACUACAUGUAUACAUUCUUAUAAAGAGUUCACACAUAUAGGUGUCAAUAUUAGUAUAUUGUAACAUUUUUUUAUUUCGUACAAACAUUUUUAACCUUUUGUAGUUUGUAAAUCGCUUAGGGAUAUUUGGUAUCUUCACAUAAUGAAUACUGGCUCAAUUUUGGUUGUUUAGAUGUUUUGACUCUGAAAUUAUCUGAUUACGUUUUGCUAACAAUGCCAACAAUGUCAGAAUCUAACAUUCUAAAUGUAUUACAAAUUCUAAAGCAUGUAGCUAGAACUGGCAAGCAGACGUUUGUGUUCUAAAGUUUGUUUGGAUUUUAAAAUUGGUUUCUUAUUUUGUAACAGAUUAAAAUGGAUUGUUUGUGUUGUUGCAUAUUACUUUAAUUUGCACUCAGAACAUGUGAUUUAAACAUUUACAUUAGAAAAGGACCCAAGAUGUGCAUAACAAAGUGUAUUUGAAUUGAGUUACCUUUUGUCUCUCAAUAAAGCACAAAUUUAAGUUGAA